CUCCCAUUACCUCUUCCCCCUCUCCCUCCUCCCUUGGUUUUAAUUUCUCAGAUCCUUAAUUAAUUAAUGAUAAACUACGUACCAUUUUCAUGUCUCCGGUUCUAAGUGAAAUCCUUCGUUCUGGUUUUAUGAUCAAUUCUUCACUCCGGCGCAGGACCCAUCUUGUUCAAUCUUUCUCCGUCGUCUUCCUUUACUGGUUCUAUGUUUUCUCAUGAUCAACUCCUCUUUCCUUCCUUCACCGUUUAAUUACUUAUUUAAUUAUUUACUUAACCGCCCCCACCCCCACCCCUUUCUUCUUCUUCAUUAAUAUUGUAAAUCUAUCAAAUAUCUACUAGAUUAAUUAUUAAUUAAUUAAUUAAUUAAUUAGUACCCUUUUAAAUUAAAUAUGGCGUCUUCAAGCGGGAACUCAUCAUUGUUAUCGUCUCCGAUUCAUCAACAACACUCUGGCUCGGAUGAGAGGAAGAGGAAGAGAAUGCAAUCGAACCGGGAAUCAGCUCGGCGAUCCCGCGUCAGGAAACAGAAGCAUUUAGACGAUCUCAUGGCUAAGGUGAACCAGCUCCGGCGAGAAAACAGUCAGAUCCUCACCGCCAUUACCCUCACCACUCAACAUUUCCUCAAAGUAGAGGCAGACAACUCGAUCCUACACGCUCAGAUGACCGAGUUGACUCACCAACUCCAUUCACUCAACGACAUUCUCACCUACAUGAACAACACCGGAACCAACACCGCCGCCUCCGCCGUCCUCCAAGGAGAUGAUUUUGUCACUACCACCGCCUCCGCCGCUAAUGCGUUGUUGAACGUGGAUCCGUGGAAUAUGAUGUAUUUCAAUCAACCCAUAAUGGUCUCUCAAGAUCUGUUUCAACAUUGAUGAUCACUCUUUCUUUUUCACAAAAGGGUAUUAUUGUCUUUUCUUAUAAUUAAUUAAGAUAGUUAUUAUUAUUAAUAAGAUCAUUAUUGUUAUUUUCUAGUGUUUUAGAUAUAAUAAUUAAGAAAUAUUAUGCUUUGGCUAUGAUUGAUAUAUAAAGAUCACAUAUUGAGGGGUUAUAUUGGUAAUUUAAGUCCAUGGAAAGGUUGUUAAAGUGGGACAUGACUUUCAUUUUUUGUUUUAAGUUAUUGAUAGAUA